GCUCCAGGCUUUUGUAAAGGGUCACGUUGCGUUGCAGCAGUGAAACAGGAGACUCCUCUGCAUCCUCAUCAACCCCAGCCUACCUGCACCCUCUACGAACAGACACCCACCAGCAGCCACCAUGACUCACCAGUAUCCCGCACUGACUCCUGAGCAGAAGAAGGAGCUGCAGGACAUCGCUCAGAGGAUAGUAGCUCCAGGAAAGGGCAUCCUCGCUGCUGAUGAGUCCACCGGCAGCAUGGCGAAACGUUUGAACCCCAUCGGGGUUGAGAACACAGAGGAGAACAGGCGUCGCUACCGCCAGCUGCUCUUCACAGCCGACCAGCGCAUUGACAACUGUAUCGGAGGCGUCAUCUUCUUCCAUGAAACCCUCUACCAGAACACAGACGACGGCACGUCUUUUGCUAAGCUCAUCCAAGACCGCGGCAUUGUUGUUGGCAUCAAGGUGGACAAAGGUGUUGUGCCCCUGGCUGGAACAAAUGGAGAGACCACCACUCAGGGUCUGGAUGGGCUGUCUGAGCGUUGUGCGCAGUACAAGAAGGACGGCGCAGACUUCGCCAAGUGGCGCAGCGUGCUGAAGAUCAGCGACACCACGCCGUCUGAGCUGGCCAUCAUGGAGAAUGCUAAUGUUCUGGCAAGAUAUGCCAGCAUCUGCCAGCAGAAUGGUAUUGUUCCUAUUGUGGAGCCUGAGAUCCUCCCUGACGGAGAACAUGACCUGAAGCGCUGCCAGUAUGUCACUGAGAAGGUCCUUGCUGCAGUCUACAAGGCUCUGUCCGACCACCAUGUGUACCUGGAGGGGACUCUGCUGAAACCCAACAUGGUCACAGCCGGACACUCCUGCCCCAACAAGUACAGCAGCGAGGAAAUCGCCAUGGCUACCGUCACUGCCCUGCGCCGCACUGUGCCUCCUGCCGUCACAGGAGUGACCUUCCUGUCCGGUGGCCAGUCUGAAGAGGAGGCCAGCGUAAACCUUAAUUCCAUCAACAACUGCCCACUUGCCAAGCCGUGGGCCCUGACCUUCUCCUACGGCCGCGCCCUGCAGGCCUCCGCCCUGAGCGCGUGGAAAGGAGAGCUGAGCAAUGAGAAGGCCGCCACCGAGCAGUUCAUCAAACGUGCUGAGGCAAACGGAUUGGCUGCACUCGGCAAGUACGAAUCCGCAGGAACCGGUGGCGCCGCUGGACAGUCCCUCUACGUGGCUAACCACGCCUACUAAACACCGACCACGUUGAGCUGUGGCCUAGUCGUAGUCUUAUAUCUGCUCUGCUAUCUCCCUCUUUACUUCUCCAUCAAUCACUGGCCUGCGCUGUCUGCUGUACUUUAAAUUGUCAGAGUUAUCAAAAUUACUUUAUUAGAUAUGUGUAUUUAAAACAUAAUGUGAAACCAUACUACUAAAGGGAACAAUCUUGUUUUUCUUGCAUUUUAAUCAGACUAAUCGGAUAAGGUUUUAAACAAUUCAUGACUGAAGUGGAAACUAUUUUAAUUUUCUGUCUCUUAACAUUUAUUAUGUUCAUUGACAAGAAGUUAGAAGCUGCAAAUGUUAACAGUGGAUCAAGUUAAACAGCCAGUAUUCAUGCCUCUUCUUAACUGCACCUCUGUGCUUUCUCCCCCGUGAUGCAUCUCGAGCUCCUCCCAAGCAGGGACGGGUGUGUGUGUCAGUGUUUGGCUGUAUUGCCUCAUCUUUAAAAACGCUACUGUAACACCCUCACUGACAGCGGGACCAACCGACUACUAGUGGCAUCAGUGUAUCUGUAGAGGGGCGAGACUUUACAGAUUGAGUCGAUCCUUUGAGCAACUGUCCAAACGUGUGGAGUUGUACUUUGUGGUACUUUCAGACAGCUGUAGCUCCAGCAGAGGUCAGCAGACUCUCUGUAACAUAUGACUAUACACCAGGAUCUACGCUAACCUUUCUGUUCACGCUUUUACUCACCACUAAUCGGAGAAACAUCUUGUGUGUCUAAUAUCAGUAUAACAUUAGCUUUAAAUUACCCACAGUACUUAACGUAUUCAGUUGUGUGAAGAUGUCGAUAUCAUGUGACGCUUGUGUGUUAUCCCUCCCUCCUGAUUUCCCCCCUAGUUCGCCCCUCAGGAAGAGGAGAUGGUUUCUGUUCAUGUGGACCAAUGAGUGGGGUUGUCACAGGGGGAAACAGUCACUGCUGUGUUGGAUUCCUGUGAUGUUUGUGAUGUUAAUAUUGUUCUUGAAUCACUCAGUGUGUCAAAUAGUGGAGACAAAUAAAAUAAAAUAAAACAUUAA